GGCACCGUAUUACUUAAACAUAAUACUUGAAAAUGAAGUGGAUAGUGCUUCUGCCUUUGCUCCUCGCCUUGACUUUCGCCGAAGAGGCUGAAGAUAACGAGUUAAAAAUUGCCGAAGAAUGUGACAGGGAAGCGUGCAAGUUACCGGAAUGCAGGUGUUCAUCCUCUGAUAUACCCGGGGGACUGAAGCCAAGGAACACGCCGCAGUUUGUGACCGUCACCUUCGACGAUGCUGUCAACGUUUUGAACAUCGAAACGUACAGGGCCAUCCUUUACAACCGCAGAAACUCCAACGGUUGUAAUGCAGGAGCCACAUUCUACGUCAACCAUGAGUACACCAACUACCAGUUGGUCAAUGAACUGUAUAACAGAGGGUACGAGAUAGCCCUGCACUCCAUUACGCACAGAACUCCUAACUCCUUCUGGGCAACGGCUACCUAUGAAGACUUGGUUAAGGAGUUUGUUGAUCAGCGUCGCCAGAUGUCUCAUUUUGCUAAUAUCCCCAUGAAUGCCAUUCAAGGUAUACGCAAGCCUUUCCUGCAGCUGAGUGGAAACACAAGCUUCCUGAUGAUGGCUAACCAUGGACUCAAAUACGAUUGCUCCUGGCCCAGUAAUGUCCACACCGACCACGCCCUCUGGCCGUACACCCUUGAUCACGCUUCGACUCAGGACUGUCCCAUCGGCCCGUGCCCCACUGCGUCGAUCCCUGGACCCUGGGUGAUGCCUAUGAUCUCCUGGAGGGACCUUAACAACUUCCCAUGCUCAAUGGUUGAUACUUGCGUGUUCUUCCCUGACCGUGAAGACGAGGACGAAUGGUUCAAAUUCAUCAUGAGUAACUUCGAGAGGCAUUACUUCGGCAACCGCGCGCCUUUCGGUUUCUUCGUCCACGAAUGGUACAUCAGGGAGUACUCUGGAGUAAGGAAGGCGUUCAUCAGAUUCAUGGACGUCAUCAACAAUAUACCAGAUGUGUUUAUGGUGAACUCAAAUGAAGUGAUCGAGUGGGUGAAGAACCCCAUUCCAGUGAAUGAGUACAGAGAAAAACGUUGCCCCUCCCACACCCCGUCUGUCUGCCGACAUGCAUCGUGCGGCCCUCUGAGAGGAGAACACAACAACCUGGACUACUGGAUGCAGAUUUGUACGUCGUGCCCGCGCAACUACCCGUGGUUCGGAAACCCUCUGGGCCAAUAAAUCUAUUUUUAAAUAAAUUAUUUUAAUUUUUA